UGACAGCAUGGCGACCCCCAUAUUUCGUGAUGUGUGUAGAACUUUGAAAUCUGUCAUUUGUCUGCAACGCCAGUUAGUUUCUACACGGGCUGUGUGUAUGCACAACUUGAGGGCCUCGAGUAAAAGCCAGAGAAGAACUUUAAGUUCAGAUGUAGGCUCCAGCAAGGUAGCAGACUCGUCACAGUCUGUUACCAUGGAAACAGACAUCACAGAUUACACAGAAGACAUCCCAGAGCAGAUCCCUGAGGAGAAACCAACCUUUGACCCAGAACUCCUUGACAGCCUUGUGCUUCAACAGCAGAUGCAGGCAGAUCUGCCUCUAACAGAGAUGGAAAGUCCUUACAAGAAACCCAGGAGAAGAUGUGUACUUUGUAAAUACAAUGUUGAUCUGGAUUACAAGAACACCCAACUUCUGAGUCAGUUCACAUCACCCUACACUGGCAGGAUAUACGGCAGGCACAUCACAGGGUUAUGUAUACCCAUGCAGAGGAGAAUCAGUCAGCUUAUUCAGAGAUCCAGGAAAGCAGGUUUCAUGCCGUUUUUGUUGAAGGAAACCGUUUAUCUGAAUGAUCCCAAACUAUUUGAUCCAUUUAAACCAGGGAAUCAGAAAAAGUAUCAUUGAACAGAAGGCGGGGUAGAAAAUUGUUGGCUUGAAUAUAGCACAGCCCAUUGAGUGCGGAAUUUGCGAUUAUGGUUGGCCUGUUCAGGACUGUCAUGUGCUCGACGUGAUCACUAAGAGUUUUUCAACCAGCCUCUGAAGGUUUUAAGACAAGCCCUCCAUCUGGGUCUCAUUAGCUGUGUGAGAGAAAAACAAUCUAAAGGUUGUCUGGCUUGUUUUGUUGUUGGCACAAUUACAGCUCUUAGCAAGCACAAGUGGACAAGGCUUACACUGGACUUGUCAAAUUGAAGUGUCGAGAUGUCCAUUUUGAAAUUUUGAAAUAAAAAGAUCUCAGAACUGAGCAUAUAUGUUUU